CUAUAAACAGCCUCAGUAUCCCAAAUUGAAUAACCGCUGAGCACACUUGGGAGAUCCGGACACUCGCGUUCUUUAGUAGUAGGAGAAGAUUAAUGUUGACAGUAUGGGGCAUCAGGUGAUAAUAUUUGACUUUUCUCUCAUAAGAGGACUGUGGGAAACUCGUGUUAAGAAGAACAAAGAACGUCAGAGGAAAGAGAAAGAACGAUUAGAAAAAAGCUCAUUGGAGAAGAUAAAACAGGAAUGGAACUUCAUACUAGAGUGCCGGAAGAAAGGCAUUCCUCAAUCAAAAUAUCUCAAGAAUGGCUUUGUAGACACUGACAAGAAGAUUUUGGACACUUAUGGAAAGGUUCCUCAGCUCCAGAAGAGGCAUGUUUUGUCAGAUGAAGCAAAUAAAGAAAGAAACAAGUUUAUUUUUCAGCUGUCUGGGGAGCAGUGGAUGGAAUUCCCAGAUUCUCUGAAAGAACAGACCUACCUGAAAGAAUGGCACGUGUACAAUACAUUGAUACAGACCAUUCCAGCCUACAUCGCAUUAUUUCAAGAUCUGAGAGUACUGGACUUGUCAAAAAAUCAAAUCAACCAUCUCCCAGUGGAAAUUGGCUGCUUAAAAAACCUUAAAGUGCUCAAUGUGAGUUUCAAUAAUUUGAAGUCAGUCCCUCCAGAAUUGGGUGAUUGUGAGAAUCUGGAAAAACUGGAUUUGUCUGGAAAUAUGGAAAUAACAGAGCUCCCAUUUGAACUAAGUAACCUGAAACAAAUCACAGUUGUGGAUGUCUCAGCAAACAAGUUCCAUUCUAUUCCAAUCUGUGUACUCCGGAUGUCUAAUUUGCAGUGGUUGGAUGUUAGCAGCAACAACCUGAAAGAUCUCCCAGAAGACAUAGACAGGUUAGAUCAGCUUCAGACUCUCCUCCUACAGAAGAAUAAGUUGACUUACUUGCCCAGAGCUCUGGUCAAUAUGCCAAAGCUUAGUUUGCUAGUUGUCAGUGGCGAUGACCUGGUUGAGAUACCCACAGCCAUCUGUGAGUCAACCACAGGAUUAAAAUUUGUAAGUCUCAAGGACAGCCCUGUUGAAACUAUUGUAUGUGAAGACACUGAAGAAAUUGUAGAAAGUGAACGUGAACGUGAGCAAUUUGAGAAAGAGUUUAUGAAAGCAUACAUUGAAGACCUAAAGGAAAGGGAUUCUACUCCUUCCUACACUACAAAAGUAUUACUCAGUCUUCAGCUUUGAAGAUCAAAAAUCUCUACAUCACUAGUGAAUAUCAGAAUAACUCUUUUUUAUCCACCUGAAUAGAAAAAACAGGAAAACACAGAUGGCCAGAAGCACUUCAAAUUCAUAAUGAAUUUCUUUAUUUGUUGCUGUACUUGCUCCCAGUAACUACAGAUAAAACAAAUCAGUAGAGCCUUCAUAAGAUGUUGUUUCACCUUUUAAAUCAACAUGUUUAUUUUCAAGUCCACAGCCACAGCCAUUAAUUUACAUAUAGACCUGCUGAAAGUAAUUGUUCACUGUAAUAAAGUAUACACAGGCAUAGAUGCCCUCAGGAUGAAGACAUCCAUUGUAGUAGAAACUGUGGAAAAAAAAUCAUCAUCUUAAAAAGAAAUUUGAUUUUAUAAAGGAGAAGGAUUAAUUUAGAAAAUGAGUGUGAUCUCUUGUAUUCUUAAAACCAUAUAGCACAUUCAGUUCUUUACAAUAUUUAAAGUGCAAACACAUACAUAGUUUGAAUUUACUUUCUGUUCUUCAAGGAAAUUGUCCUCCCUCGGAUUUUUCAUUUUAGAUAAGUUUCAACAACUUUAUAUAUAGAAAAUGCAGCAAUUCUGCUGCUUUUUUUCCAAGCAUAUUAUAAGCUUUUACCUGUCCACAAAUUCAAAUACUAAAAUGACUGAAACUUCUGUGCUAAGCAGUUUUAUAAUAUAGCAGUGUAUUAAAUAAAAUUUUGGGGAUUAAGCAGUGCAAACAAAUACUAUCUGCAAAAUGAUGAUACUGUCUUCUACUAAUGUUUUCAGAUUACAGGAUUCUGUGGAUAUGCAUUGUUAUUUCCCAUGUUGUAUAAGAAUGAUUUUGCUGGAUAAAAAGUUAUUUUGCUUGCUACUUAAUAAUCUGUUUAUAUAUAAUUAUGUAAGUGUAUAUAAUGUAGA